GUGUCUCUGUCCAAAGGUCGCUCCUACAACUUCCCCAUUCAGCUGUGGCUGUUGGACUCCUUCCCAUUCACUCCUCCCAUAUGUCACUUGAAACCCACUUCUAACAUGGUCAUCAGAGAGGGCAAGCACGUUGAUGCCCAUGGACGUAUCCACCUACCUGGCCUUCACAACUGGGAUCAUCCAAAGUCAUCUGUGGUGGGUCUUCUGAAUGAGAUGGUUACCAAAUUUCAGGAAGACCCUCCAUUGUCCUCAAAGACCACAACAGACAACAAAGAUCCCCAUGAGCUCCUGGCGUUUGUCUCCAAUUUCCGUAUCAGUGAUGGUGGAAUCAGCCAUCACGGUCAACCAAUCAACAAAGUCUCAGUUAUUGGGGGAGGAGAUUUAGGAAUGGCAUCAGUGAUGAGCAUUUUAUCCAAGUGUAAAGUGGAUAAACUGGUUUUCAUUGACGUCGCUGAGAGUUCCACCAAGGGUGGCAGUACAGAUCUGGAGAUUUUCAGUCUGCCAAAUGUUGAAGUAUCCAGAGAUAUCUCCGCCUCUGCAGGCUCCAGGGUGGUCGUGGUGACUGCAAACGCAUGGAGCAGUGAACAGUCGUAUGUCACCGUGGUACAGACCAACGUUGACUUGUACAGAGGAAUAAUUCCCAAUCUGGCACGUCUCAGCCCUAGCGCAGUGAUGCUAAUUGCAUCACAACCAGUGGACAUCAUGGCCCACGUUGCCUGGAGGCAGAGUGGCUUGCCUCCAACACAUGUGAUCGGAGCAGGGUGUAACCUGGACUCGGAGCGACUCAGUCAUGUCAUGGAUAUCAACCUGAACACACACAAACCAGCCUGGGUCAUAGGAGAACUUUCAGAUAACAAAA